GCUAUAAAAUGUAUGUUUUUCUACUUUCAUCUCAGUUCUUCUGGACUGUAUAGAUACAGGCCUUUUGCCAUGUCUGGGCGUGGUAAGCAGGGAGGCAAAGCUCGCGCCAAGGCCAAGACCCGCUCAUCUCGGGCCGGGCUUCAGUUUCCCGUAGGCCGAGUGCACCGCCUGCUCCGCAAAGGCAACUAUGCCGAGCGGGUCGGGGCUGGAGCGCCGGUGUACUUGGCGGCGGUGCUGGAGUACCUGACCGCCGAGAUCCUGGAGCUGGCUGGCAACGCGGCCCGCGACAACAAGAAGACUCGCAUCAUCCCGCGUCACCUCCAGCUGGCCAUCCGCAACGACGAGGAGCUCAACAAGCUUCUGGGCAAAGUCACCAUCGCACAGGGUGGCGUCCUGCCCAACAUCCAGGCCGUGCUGCUGCCAAAGAAAACUGAGAGCCACCACAAGACUAAGUAAAGACCGAGUUGAAAAGCGCAUAAAAACAAAGGCUCUUUUCAGAGCCACUUCAACGAUCAUGAAAAGAUGACACGAUUCCGUUUUCAGCUGCUUCACCACUCCACAAUACACUCAUGAUGUUACGGUUUUAAUCCUUAACCUGUGUACGUUGCCAGAAUUUCAAGGUUUUUUUUUUCUUUUUUUUUUUAGUUCUUAAUGUAGAUAAUAACAAGGUACGUUUGCUAACACGUGUUUUCAGGGGUUUUGCUUUGGUGGCCAGGCUGCACUCGGACUCGACCUCAGGUAAUCCACCCGCCUAGGCCUCCCAAAGUGCUGGGAUUACAGGCAUAAGCCAAUGCGCCAGGCCAGUUUGUGGUAUCUUGAAGGCAUUUUACUGGGACACAACUUUGACAAAAGUCAAAGCAUCUUACUGGGAGUUACAUAGUAGAUACCGGUGGGUUUUAUUUAUGAUUCUGGGAAACUCACUGGGCUGUAAGGAAUAUAGUAUAGUAUUCGGUUUUCAAUAUGCUUACUAGAAAAAGUAUAUGGAUUGCUACUAGGCGGUAUAUUUCUCUACAGUUUCACAGUCUCUAGAUUGAAAACUGAGGGUAGAGUCCUCAGCCCUAUUUCCUGGCCUCUAGGAAAGGAGCUGCUCAAUGGGUAUGUUUAAAGAAAACCAGGCAGUUUUAUAUUUACCAAUGUAUACAUUGGUCAUGUUUUGUUUUCUAUUUUUAAUUUUUGCACUUACAAGAG